AUGGUUCAAGCUGUGUCCGCCUUCUUAGACUUUUGUUACCUUGUACGACGCAAUGUUAUCGAUGACAGUGCUCUUGAUCAAAUUGAGGCUGCUCUAUCACUCUUUCACCGCCAUCGUGAAAUUUUUCGAGAUCUGAACGUGCGACCUGAGGGAUUUUCACUCCCGCGCCAGCAUUCACUUACUCAUUAUCCUACGUUGAUUCGCCUUUUUGGAGCACCAAAUGGACUUUGUUCUUCAAUCACAGAAAAUAAGCACAUAAAGGCUGUCAAAAAGCCUUAUCGACGGUCUAGUCGCUACAAGGCACUUGGCCAAAUGCUUAUAACCAACCAACGGAUCGACAAACUUCGAGCGGCAAGAGUCUUCUUUACCAAACACAGUAUGCUAAAUGGCGGCCCAGGGUGUUACAUUCCCGAAAGCAUAUUGAAGAAUACAUCAAGUCCUUCUAAAACACUACCGGCGGGUCAAAGGGUUAGUGAAGAGUGUGGCGAGAUUUUUGAACCGGAAUCGCAAUCAGAGAUUACACUUGCAAAAUCUCAUGUACGUGGUGUUCCGCUAGCAAUUGAAGCGUUUGCAGUCCACGUCAGACAACCACGCCUUCAAGAACUCACUCGACACUUUCUUUAUGAUCAACUUGUUUCUGCAAAUGCCGACCUUCAGUUACAUAUCCCCUCCAACGAUACCCUUCCUAGUCUUGCCGGUUGCACUUUUCGACUAUUUACUUCUGCCCGAGCCGUCUACUUUGCACCAAGCGAUCUCUCUGGAUCAAAUGGUCUUUACUACGAAAUGAUUCGCUCAACACCGUCGUGGCACAACGGUCCUGCCAGACGUGACUGUGUGUUUAUUGGUAACUCAGACUCUGACGAGGAUGGGUUUGCUGGUUUGCAUGUGGCACGUAUCACCACGCACAUGAAAUCGCUUUUUAGAUACCAAGAAUACACUCGUUUUUGA